AUGAGAUCCUCAACUUGCUUUUCGUCGCCUUGGAUGCAACUGCUUUUCCACUGGAAGCACGCGAGAGGGCGUGUCUGCUGCUGUGCUAUUUCGCCAAUUUCUCGGAGAAGGUCGCAACGGCGAUCUCCCGUGGUGGAUCGCCACUUUGGCAGUCGAUGCUGA